AUCCCGGCCUGCCCCGGGCCUGCCCGGCAGCGAGCGGGGCAGGAGGCUGCAGCGGGCCCCGCGUGUGCAGCUGCGAGCGGCGCCCAUGGCGGCCCGGGCGCUGGCGCGGGCUCUCGGGGCUGGGCGCGGGCUGGGCGCCGCCCCCGCCCCGCUCUGCAGGCUGCGGGCUCACGGCUACGCCAAGAAAGCGGUGGUGAAGACCAAAGGAAAAGGCUUCAGUAAGGAGGAGAUGAAAGGCCCAGAGGUGUGCAAGGACCCCGUGCUGCUCACCACACACGCCAUCGGAGUGAACUUCUACAGACAGGGCCCGGAGGUGGCUCUGAAGGACGACUCUGAGUAUCCUGAUUGGCUUUUCCAGAUGCACCUCGGCCCCCCCAAGACACUGGAGGAGCUGGACCCCGAGACGCCCCAGUACUGGAGGCUCCUGCGGAAACACAACACCUGGCGCCGCAACAAACUGAGCAAGGGCAAGAAGUUUUAGGAUGGGACCUGUAUGGCGACACCCCUGCACCUCCUGUGCCCCUGGGCCGGGGAAGGAUGCUGCACUGGGGCUCGAGGUGGGGUUUGGACAUGUCCUGUGAGACGGGAAACAGAGGCAGCUGGGCAGGUCCCCUGAGCUGGGAUCAGCUGGCACCUCCGCCCGGACAGGGUCUCUUAUUUUUACUUUGAAUACUGACGACAAUAAAUCACUGGCCAUGACUGGA